CCCGGGUUAGGGUUUGAUCAAUCUGUUGGUGCAAUCUCAGCCAUGGCUGGUGGGGGAAAUUUCCUUCAUAGGGUUAUUUCUUAUGUCGCCAAUGAAUUAAUCGUCAAUGGCCUUGCCAACAGCCCUGCUUUUCAAAGAUUUGCAGUGAGAUCAUCAAAGAGAAUGGAGGAUCUAUCUAAAAUGGCUCAGCAGAAGAGGCAAGAAAUUGCUAAUAAGGUGGAGGAUGUGUCCAAAAACUUUGAGUCUUUCAAAAACCAGUGAUUUGGAAGCUUGGUGUACAGGGUACCUCCAAUUUACUUAUUUCUGACUUCCGUUUCUUCUAAAGCUUCAAGCAAGUAGGAAUUCAAAAGCUUAUUUCUGUCUUUUCAACUAUGUUUUCUUUUUUGGCAAAUUUGCUACUAUAAUAUAAUACGUGGAGAGGACGUGAAGGACAUUUUCAGUAAUAUGUAGACUUUGGACUUGAUAAAAAGCUCCGCUUCCUUUUCAACAAAUUCCAUUCGCAUUCUAGAUUAAA